CAUCCCCUUCUUCUCUUUCUCCUCCCCUCCUCCUUUCAAUCUUCCCUCCUCCUUCCUCUCCUUUCUCCUCCUCUUUUCUUCUCAUCCCCCUUCCUUCCUUCUUCUCUUUCUCCGCAUCCCCUCCUCCUUUCAAUCUUCCCUCCUCUUCCUCUUCCUCCUCCUUCCUCUUCUUCUUCCUCCUCCUCUAUCUCCUCCUGCAUUCCCCUUUUUCCGAAGGAGAGAGAGAGAGAAAGAGAAAGAGGAGGAGGAGGAGGAGUUUCCCUGACGCCAUUUUGCCCAAGCCGCCCGAGGGCUCCUUCCCAACUUCUGCACCGAAGGAGGAAGAAGAGAAGGAGAAAGAGGAAAAGGAGGAGGAGGAAGAGAGCAUGGCAGUUAGAGAAAUGGCCCCUUGGCUUGGUUCACGCCUGUCCUGAACCCUCAAGCAUCUUUCCCUUCCAAGCCAUGGGCCUGAAAGCCAAGUCCCAUCCACCUGCGGAGGAGACACCUGUCAAGGUGGCCGUGCGCAUCCGGCCUUUGCUCCCCAAGGAACGACUCCACGGGCACCAGGCCUGCUUAAGGGGGGACCCCGAGACCCAUGAGGUGACUCUGGGACGCAAGCGCCACUUCCAUUUCGACACCGUCUUCACCGAGUCCUCGGACCAGGAGUCUGUCUAUGCGACUUGUGUGCAACCGCUGGUGGAGGCCUUCUUUGAAGGCUUCAACGUCACUGUCUUCGCCUAUGGGCAGACGGGCUCCGGCAAGACCUACACUAUCGGAGAAGCGAGUGUCUCUGCCAUCAAUGAGGAUGAACAAGGCAUCAUCCCUCGAGCCAUGGCUGAAACCUUCAAGCUCAUCGACGAAAAUGACUUGCUUGAUUAUACGGUCCGCGUCUCCUCUCUGGAAGUGUACAAGGAAGAGUUCCGGGACCUGCUGCAAGUGGAGACGGCCAGCAAAGACAUACAGAUUCGGGAAGACGACAAAGGCAACAUUGUGCUGCAUGGAGUGAAGGAGACCGAGGUGGAAGGCUUGGAUGAAGUCCUGAGCCUGCUGGAAAUGGGGAACAUGGCCAAGCACACUGGGGCCACCCACAUCAACCAGAAGUCGAGUCGCUCGCAUUCCAUCUUCACUGUGACAAUGGAGCAGCGGCGCAACGCCGGGCGCCUCAGCCUUCAGGAGAAGGUCUUGGUUCCCGCCUCAGGCCAGGUUCUUGCUUCCAAAUUCCACUUUGUGGACCUGGCAGGCUCCGAACGGGUGGUGAAGACAGGGAACACGGGGGAGAGACUCAAGGAGAGCAUCCAGAUCAAUAGUGGCCUGUUGGCUUUGGGCAACGUAAUCAGUGCGUUGGGCGACCCUCGCCGGAAAGGCAGCCACAUCCCUUACAGAGAUUCCAAGAUCACUAGGAUCCUGAAAGAUUCCCUUGGUGGGAAUGCCAAGACUGUAAUGAUUGCCUGCAUCAGCCCUUCUUCGUGUGACUUCGACGAGAGCUUGAACACACUGAAUUAUGCCAACCGUGCUCAGAACAUCAAGAACAGGGCAGUGGUGAAUUGUCGGAAGGAGACGGAGCAAGUGGAGGAGCUCCAGCUGCGGAUAAAGAGCCUGCAGAAGGCCUUGGAGCAGCGGCACCGCUCCGAGACUCGGAUCAUCAACCGAUCUGAUGCCGCCGCCAAGCACAGCUCGCAAGACGGUGCUGCUCGCUUGCAUGCUGAAUGCAGCCGCUAUCGGACUUGCACGGAUGCCGCAUACCAGCUCUUGAUGGAACUACAAGGGGAAGGCAAUUUGACUGUGGAUCAGAUCCUGCGGGUGAAGGAGUGGAUGUGUGGCGUGGAGAGCGAGAGGAGCGAGCUAAGCUCAGCUUCUGGCUUAGAUAGUGGGAUUGAAAGCACUUCCACAGAAGAUCAGAAGAACAAGAUGCCAAGCUCCAAGUUGGCCAAGGCUCAGGUGCUAGGAAAGGAUCACUUCCUUUGGGGAAAUGGGGCUUAUGCGAAUGUCAAGGAGCAAGGAGAUCACUUGAAAGGGAGUGCAUCAAUACGAGAAGAGCAGGUGCUGUGGUUGGAGAAGCAAGUGGAGCGUUUAGAGGAAGAGAAUCGGGAUUUCCUGGCUGCUCUCGAAGAUGCCAUGGAACAGUACAAACUGCAGAGUGCUAAAUUGCAGGAACAGCAAGGCAUCAUUUGUGAGCUGCACAGGUGCCUGCAGACGGAGAUGCCACGGGAGGUGGAUCUGCCCGGAUUGUUGCAGAGUGUUUCCCUGGUGCAGCUUGGCCAAAGGCCACACACGGCCCCUGUGGAUGCUGCUCGGUCCCACCCAUGGCUCAGGCUUGCACACAACAACCACAGCAAGCUCAAUGGCGCCACAGUUCACAAAGGGAAGGACUUGCCAGAGUACUAUCAGAGUUGCACUCAAGGCUUAGAGUGCAGCUUGGAGGCUACCAACACAUUGGAGAACCUGAAGGUAGACAAGUCUUCGGAGCGGCUGGUGGAACCAUCUGCCAUCGAAGAGGAGGAGGAAAAAUGUCAGGAGAUGCAGUCCCUUCACCAGAGCAGAGGUGGUGUUUACACCUGGAGCAAGGAGGAUGUUUCUAACAAGACGAACAGGAAAUGGAGGAAAAGCAACCUAGCCCUGAUCCAGCAGGAACCGCCAGAACUCUUGAGAGAAGACUGCAGGAGAGGAGAACAGGGCAGCCUUGGAGAAGGUUUUUCAGGAAAGGAUUCGGAGUGGCGCUUACUUCAGGCUCAUCAGAAGAUCCGUGAGCUGGCUAUCAACAUCCGCAUGAAGGAGGACCUGAUUGUGGAACUCAUCAAGACAGGCAAGCAUGCUCAGACCAUGAACAAGCAGUAUUGCCAGAAAAUCCGUGAUUUGGAGCAGGAGGCCGAACAGGUGCGAGUGGAGCUAAGCGAUGGGCAGAGACAGCUUCAGGAGCUGGAAGGGAGGGAGACCCGGGACCCUGCCGAGAAGCAGAAGCUCCAGGAGUAUCGCAGCAAAGUGGCAGCCGCUCAGAGUAAAGUCAAGAUCCUGCAGGAGAAGAAGCAAGCUACGGAGAAGUUGGCCUCUCUCUCUGCCCAAAACGAGAAGCGGCUGCAGGAGCUGGAGAGGAACGUGCAGCUGAUGCGCCAGCAGCAAGGGCAGCUCCAGAGGAGGCUGCGGGAGGAAGUGGAGCAGAAGCGGCGCUUGGAGACCGAGAUGCACAAAGGGCAGCACCGCGUCAAGGAGCUGGAACUGAAGCACGAGCAGCAUCAGAAGAUCCUUCGCAUCAAGACUGAGGAAAUAGCAGCAUUCCAGAGAAAGCGCCGGAGCGGGAGCAACGACUCCAUGAUCAGCUUGGAGCAGCAGCAGAAAAUUGAAGAGCAAAAGAAGUGGCUGGACCUUGAGAUGGAUAAAGUCCUUGAGCAGCGCCGGGCCUUGGAUGAACUGGAAGAUGAGCUCACCAAACGGGAAGCCAUCGUGGCGAAGAAGGAAGCUCUCCUCCAGGAGAAGAACGGCCUCGAAAAUAAGAGACUGCGUUCCAGCCAGGCCCUAAAUGAUGACAUAAUGCGGGUGUCCAGCCGGUUGGAGUACCUGGAGAAAGAACUCAGCCAAAAAAACGGGCAGCUUUGCCGUAGCAGUGCCCAUGAUCAGCAGCAGAUCCGGCAAGAAAUCAACAACCUGAGGCAAGAGAAGGAUCAGCUGCUCAAACAAAGGCUGGAGAUAGACAACAAGCUGCGCCAGGGCACCUUGCUCUCUCCAGAGGAAGAACGGAUCCUUUUCCAGCUAGAUGAAGCCAUUGAGGCUCUAGAUGCGGCCAUAGAAUACAAAAACGAGUCCAUCACUUGCAGGCAGCGGGUCUUGCGCUCCUCGGCCAGCCUUCUUUCCCAGUGUGAGAUGAACCUCAUGGCAAAACUCAGCUACCUCUCCUCCUCCGAGACCCGGGCAUUACUUUGCAAAUAUUUUGAUAAGGUGGUGACUCUUCGGGAGGAUCAGCACAGGCAACACAUUGCCUUUUCGGAACUAGAAAUGCAGCUGGAGGAACAGUUGCAAAUGGUGUUUUGGCUGGAAGUCGCCCUGGAGCGCCAGCGCCUAGAGAUGGACCGCCAGCUCACCCUCCAGCAGAAAGAGCAUGAGCAGAACAUCCAGCUUCUGCUCCAACAGAGCCGAGAGCACAUGGAUGAAGGACAGGUGAACAGUAGGCUUCAGUAUCAGGGAAGGAUAAAGGCGCUGGAAAGGGAAUUGGUCCAUUACAAGCGGAUGGCCCAAGAACUGACCCAGAAGCUGAGCAUAACCCAGUUGGAAGGACAAGCCAGAUGUGAUGGUAUGGAAAGAGUCGGGCAUGCAGUUGGGGACAGACAUGAUUCACUUCAGGUAGCCAAUCAGAUAAGCACCAAUGGCAUGUUGGAGCCAUGUUUGCAGCUGGAGGGAAGCCAUGGGUCUGGGGAGGAACCCAGAGACUUUGUCCAUGCACCGCUCCCACCGACCUGGAGGCGCUCUUCGCUCUCUAAUGCCAUCUCCUUGGUACCAGAAGAGUUCCAGCAGAAGGAGGAGGAGAACCUGUCCAGAGCCAGCCAAGUGAAGGAAGUAUCCCUGCCACAAGGUCUCGUUCCCAUCCUGAAAUCCCGCAAGGACCUUCACAAGCCAGGCCUCACAGGGGGGUCUUACCGUGACAUCAUUGAUGUCCGAAAAAAUCCACUCUAAACAGAAGCUGCUCAGAAUUUGGGGGAAAAACACACACAAAUGAAUUGUGUAAAUAGACAAGCUCCCUACCUGUAACCACUGAUGGUUGCUUAAGUUAAGGUGCCAGUGUAAUUCUCAAAUUGACAAGCCUUUUGUAUGAGCUGCUUUGGAUUUUCUUUUCCUCCGUAUCUGCUUCUUCUUACUUAGAGAAGAAAGCGAGGUCUUUCAUGUACAGAAAACACACCUUCGUUCAGGGAGUGCUUGUUGUAUAAAUAUGUUCAUUUUAUAGCCUUUUAUAGUGUUCUCUAUACACAUAAUAAAAGUGAAAAUAUGUA